AGAGAGAAAACAUCCAAAUGAAAUAAAUAUCUAUAAUUGUAAGCAAUUAAUUUAUAUUAAACCGAAUAAACCAAAGAAGAAGGAUAAAAAUAUAAACAAGAAACUACAUUAUCAAUUUGAUCUCGACAAUUUAAUAUGCCAAUUUGAUAGGUUAUCUAUAGUUAAAUCUCAGAACAAUUCUGUUAAACAAGAAAAUCAUUCAUAUUCAGAGGAUGAUGAUCUUAAAAAAAUUAUUAAGUCUGUAAACAAAAAUAUUUUAAAAUUAAAUAAAUUAUGUCCUUCACCGUCAAUUCUUGAUUCCCAAACAAAGCUAAAAUUUAAGACUAUAUCAAAAGGUACAAGUUUGCCUUUAAAAAAAAGAUUUGCAGAAAUUAAUGAUUUUUCUAAAAAAAAUAAAAGAUUUAAAUAUAUUAAAAAUGAUAUAAAUUUUAAAAAUAAGCCUAUAAUCAAUGCAAAUAUAAAAGUAUUUGAUGGAGAAAAAAAGAGAGAUUCAUCAAUAUUAGUGAAGCUAAAACGCAAUAAUAAUGAUACUUAUAAAAUAAUAGAUCAAGAGCCCUUAGAUAAAAAGAUCCAAAUGGAAGAUUUUAAUAAAAAAAUAUUUGAAAAUGCCACAUUAAAUAAAAAUAAGAAAUUGGAUCAUCCGUAUAAAAAUAAAAAGCACAAUUAUUUAGACAUUAUGAAGCCAUCAAAUACUAAACUCGAAAAGGAUAAAGGUAUAUCAGUAGAUGUUGACAUAUCAAAAUUAUCUUAUAAGAAAAUAAAAUCAAAUAUUUUUAUUGACAUUAAACCCCUAACGGGCUAUGAAAACCAAGCUUGUUCCUGUAAAAAACCCAAUCUGCCAUUUCUUAUGGGAUGUCAAGACAACUGUUUAAACAGAAUGAUGUAUGUAGAGUGCAAUCCCUCUUCGUGCCCUUGCGAAGAAAAAUGUUCCAACCAAAAGAUUCAAAAAUAUCAGUGGUUUACCGGCAUCGAACUAUUUAUGACACCUGAUCGGGGUUACGGAAUUAGAACGACCAAACCAUUAAAAUCUGGCGAAUUUAUCCUAGAAUAUACGGGAGAGGUGGUCAGCGCCAAAGAAUUUGCUCGCCGGUCCCACACCCCUGCUUACACGGCUUCACUACAUCAUUACUGCCUGUACGUGGACUCGAAAUGCGUAAUAGACGCUUCAAGACGAGGUUCCCCUGCCCGGUUUGUCAACCAUUCCUGCGCCCCCAACUGUGUGGUCAAAAAGUGGAGCGUCAACGGAUUCGUUAGAAUGGCCCUUUUUUCCAAACCCGCCGAUGUAAUUCCUCCUGGCACUGAACUGACAUACGAUUAUAAUUUCACUUGUUUCGAGGGCGGAGCCGCUCAAACAUGUUUGUGCGGUAGUGGUCCCGGCACUUGUAGAGGUUUCAUAAGCACGCAAAAUGGCAACAAUAAUGGCAUCUGUAGUAACAACAACGCUCAAAUUUAUACGCCAAAUAAUACAAAAAAUACUCACGGUAAUGAUGUUAAUCGCGCUAAGACUAGGAGAUCGAAUUACAUUAAGAAAGAAGAAGGCCAACCGACCAAAUCGACUAAUAAGAUGACACAUAAAACCAAUAAAUCUCUUAAUGUAAUCGAGCAAGUCAAAUGCCGGAAAUCGCGAUUUGGAAUGAAAUAUAAAAAGAAAAAUCACGCUGACAAAGGUAAAGGUAAUAAUGGCGAUAAGCUUAAAUUAAUAGAAACUAAACGCAAAACGAACGUUGAUAAAAUAAAGCGCUAUACCAACGACAUAGUUUUGGGGGUCACCUUGUAUAAUGGGGAUGCUUCUAUUAAGGAUAUUUUAAACUCAAAUAAAAAGGUCAAACGCCACGACAUCAAUAGAUAUAAAAAAAUGGUGAUUAAUGAUCUAAAAUCUGAUAAAUCUAAAAAACUAUCCAAGCGCCCGAAAUUUUUAAAGGGUUACAAAAAAUGCUUAAGGAAUCUCGAAACAACCCAAAAAACAACCAGCGGUGACAAAUUAUAUAACAUUAACAAAAAAUCGAAACCAUUACCUAAUAACAAAGAUAUAAUAAAGUCUAGGAAAUUUGGCCUAUUAGAUAACACCUCCUCAAUCCUAGAUGAUAAACAAAAUUCAUUAGUCAAAAUCGAUGGUGCAAUUAAUGGCCAACCUAAAAGUAUCAACAUAAAAGGAAAAGAAAAACACGGAUCUAAGCGACCACUCAUUGACAUCCAACCUAAGAAAGGCCUCGUCAAAAAUGGUCUAGUUAGAAAAUUGCGGCAAUCAACUUUCCGUCAAAGAUAUCAGGUGAUGACCGGUGCUACGAAGAACUCGGUAAAAACCAAAUAUGUUGAGAAAAAAAUAUUGUCUGUACAAGGCAAAACGGGGCUUCCUACUGCGGGUUAUCUCAAGAAAAGAUCUCAUAAAGCUAAAAGUAUUCAAAUUGCAAACGAAAAAAUUAAAUUACUGAACAGUAUUAAAAUGGGUGCGCACAAAUUACUACCAGCCAAGCAUACAUGUGACGGUGCUAUAUGUACUAAAAAGUUUAGGAAGGCAGAUAAAAUCUUACUUAUAAAAAGUCUACCUUCUCAACCCCUCGAAAAGUAUCAACUCUUCAAUUUUUACGCACAUUUUAAAACUACUCCCGUAUGCCUUUUGAAACGUCUCCUAACUGCUGCCCAAACUGAAAUCGGCAAUAAAAACUUGAAUCAUAACAUCAAACACAUUUUCCUCUCUCGAAAUUUCAAGGAAUAUUUGAGAUCUUAUAGCGCUAUUUUGAAUAGGAAUCUAACGCUUAAACGAAUGAUGAUCAAUCAAAUCACCUAUGAUACGAAUAAAAGCUCUGGUGGUGAUGAUGCUGGAACUGAUGAAAAAGAAAAUAUGAACGAAGCAACUGAAAAUGGAAUAACUUUGCUAAAAAAGAUUUUCUAUUUGGUCAAAUUUCAUCAGGACAAACGGAUCAAAGAAUGGAAAUAUUUGUCGAGUCCAUUCUUAAACCCAAUCAUUAACGGAUUUUUACCUAACACUAAAUCAUCGAAAACACACGAUACCAAUACGGAUUUAAACCACAAGAAUUUACCCGGUACCGUUACUUGCUUUAAAGAUUUAGAAAAAAAGCUCAACCUCAACUCAUAUAAAUCUUUCUCCCAUUUUGAUCGCGAUUUUUCCGCCAUGCUCUCUAAUUUUAAAUCCACAUAUUGCAACAAUCCGUUCUUACCUAAUAUCAAAAAUCAUGAGCUUGUCUUAAAAGCGACAGAAAAUCUCUCUCAACCUAACAAUCUCGACAAAAUGGACAUGUGUAGAUUGGGGAAAAAAUGUCGAAAAAUGAGCCAGGCCCUUAAAUAUUUGGAACAAAUUUACGUCAUUCUCGUAAACGUAAGGAUUCACGACCUGCGACGUUAUUUUAAAGAUGAAUGUAUCGAUAUCAAAUCAUUGGAUAUAAUCAAAGAACCUUUUUGCCGAUAUCAUGAUUUGAUUAAAAAUAACGAAUGUGAUGAUGAUAACCUUACAAAAUCAAAGAAUGACUCCAUGGAAACGUUGGACACUGAAUCACAAUCCUUUGACAAUUCUAGCACCAAUGUUCAGCUCAACAAUAAUGACUCUCAUUCAGAAUCGACGACCAAUAAUAAUGAUGAUAUCGAUCCCCAGGAUAUUGUCAACUGUCCUUGUCGGAUAUUUAGAGAGGAGGGGACCAUGAUUCAAUGCGAUAAAUGUUUAACUUGGCAACAUUGCGAAUGUGUCGGUUAUACAAAAACUAACGAAUCGGAAGAAAAUUGCUAUAUUUGCCCAUUUUGUUCGGGACAAAACGCAUCGAUGGAUAUAAAAUUAUGUACGGCCGUCGUUAAAGAUUAUGACUCCAAAGAUUUAUCACCUAGCUCCGAAAAUGACCACAAAAAUAGUCAUGAAUUAACCUACUUUCGUACAAUGGCCAGUAACGAUUCAACUUUUCGAAUCAAAAGCGGGGAAUGCUACUAUGUUAUACGGGCCAAUAUUCCUAAUUCUAAUCAAACUCUACCGAAACACGAUGAAAUGGACAUAUUUCGAAUCCUUUACCUAUUCACCGAUAGUUUCAAUAAUAGAUAUGCUCAAGGGCAUCAUUUUUUUAGGCCCGCGGAAACUUUCCAUGAACCUUCCAGAAAAUUCUUCACCAACGAAUUACUAUUAGUUUACGUUUACGAAACAGUUCCAGUUAGUAGCAUACAUUCGGCUUGUUGGGUACUGGACCUGUCUACUUAUUGUAAAGGCAGGCCUUUAAUCGAGAAAAGGUGGGAUAUUAAUGCAGAAAAUAGAGGAUAUACUAAUUUGAAUCAAUUAAUACUUCCCGAUGAAAAAGAUGUUUAUGUUUGUCAGUUUAAAGUUGACAAAAAAGCCUUCCGUUUCGAUAGACUCACUAAAUUCAGAUAUACAUCGUUACAGAAAUCGUACUGCUUCCAUACUUUCCCUAACAAAUUAAAUCCCAAACGCAUAUUUUUCCCCCACGAAAUCCCAAAGGCUUACACUAAAAUGGACCCUUGCUUAAAAUUUCUAUCGUUAGAUGCUGACAACUUGCCAAACAGUAUUAAGAGUCAAAUUAUGGCGGACAAGAAAAAUGUCAACGAAAAAUCUCACAAAAAUAACGAUAAAAAUUCCAAAAAACUAUUUCCUAGUGGAGGAUCAGAUCAGGAUGACUCAUUUUUUCGUCAUCUUUCUCAGGAUGAAAAUAUGUCUGAAUAUAACGAUAAAAUUAUUCAAAAUUUGAUGUCUUCCGAUCUCUUUUCGACAUUUUUAUCCGAUCUACUCAAACCUAAAGUUCACAAUUUAAUCGAUCUUGAACGAAAGAAACUUCAUCUAGAAAAUAUGGUCCAAAAAAUUUAUGAACAUAGAGGAAAUCUGAAAUCUUAGUAGCUAAUGAUAUUUAAUUGAUUUUGGAUACAUUAGUAAUUAUAUUAUUUAGACAAAAAAAUAAAUUGAUAUUACUAAAUAAAUUUAUUAUUUAUAAAAUAAUUUUUUUUAUAAAAAUUUUAAAUACAAUUGUGAUAUUUUAUAAUAGUUGCUUUUUAAAAUUAUUACAAUUUUUUCAUGAAUGA